CCUGAUUUCUCGUCUUUUCCGGUUAAGGCCAUAGCGGCACGUUUUAUUUAUUGUGGAAUAUAUAUUUAUUUAUCCCUCGCCAGUGUUGUGGCCUAUUUUAUGACAGGGACAAAAUAUAAUUGUGUAUAUCUAACGGCGCCCAGUUUCAUAUCGCUCGCAAAGACCGAACAAACUGUCAUGGAGGAGGAGACGGUGGAGACAUCAGAGGAGCAGCUGGCAAGGCAGCACCGCAAGGAGAAGAAAGAUAUGCAAGCUAAAAUCCAGAGCAUGAAAAAUGCAAUCCCCAAAAAUGACAAGAAAAGGAGGAAACAGUUGACAGAGGAGAUUGCAAAAAUUGAGGCUGACCUCAACCAGAAGCAUGAGGAAGAAUUGAGGCCACUCAAAUCUACAGCCGACACAGAGGUGAAAGAGGUGUUAAAUGGAGUGGAGACCAUAAAGAUGGACGAUGGAGAAGAAGAGGAGGGGAAACAGCCACGUUUAACCAAGGCCCAGAAAAGAAGGGACAAGAAGGCUGCCGAGGAGAAAGAGAGAGAGAGCAGAAUAGCAGAGGCCGAGGUAGAAAACCUGCAGGGUGUGAGGCACCAGGAGGGUUUAAAGCUGGCUCAGAAACUCGCACAGCAACAGCUUCAGAUCAAGGAGAUCUCCUCUGAUGGCCACUGCAUGUAUCGUGCCAUUGAAGAUCAGCUGGCACAUCGGUCAAAGCCUGGCUUAAUCACACAUGUGAAGGAACUGCGGUCCAGCAGUGCUGAGCACAUGAGAGGCCACGCUGACGACUUCCUCCCUUUCCUCACCAACACCAACACUGGUGACACGUACACGACAGAUGAGUUUGAGAAAUACUGCAGUGAUGUGGAGCACACAGCAGCUUGGGGUGGACAACUGGAAUUGCGAGCUUUGACCCAAGUUCUUCAUUUGCCAAUAGAAGUGAUCCAGGCCGACUCCACAACUAUAAAAAUCGGGGAGGAAUUUGAUAGUGAACCCAUCACCCUUGUCUAUAUGCGUCAUGCCUACGGACUAGGAGAGCACUACAAUUCUGUGGAGAUGCUGAAGGACCCAACCAGUGCAGAGGACAGCUGAGAAACAGCUGGUCCUGGUGUGAUAUUACCAAUGUGUGUAAUGCAGAGUGUGUUCACAUUAAGGGCCCCUAAAUACAAACGUAUUUGGAGGCAGAAGACACCCUCUCCCAUUGAAGACACGCUAAGGUUAACAGAGAAUAUUGCUGUUUUCAGAAUGGCUUCAAAUAAAUAAUGGUAUGUCUCUGUUUAGAAGUCAAAAGAUAUCAGUGGGGAGUGUAAAGUUCUGAAAACAGUAUCAUUGUGCUCAUAAAAUGUAGCAUAAGUAACGUGUUAAUGGUUUUACACUGGACGGCCUUGGCCCUAUUGACCCCCGGGUUCACUUUAGUCAAUUUUGGGAGGCAAUCAUGGUGUACAGCUUACCUAUCAGGUGGCACUACUGUAAUGUAGUUGCUGAACAGAUGUUAACCAAUCAUGUCUCUCCAAAUGUCAACAGAGUGACUGGGGGGAUGUUGAACUUUUGCAGUGUUCUUGGAAUUAACUGAUUUGUGUUGUUACAUAAACACAUAGAAUACUAAUAAGGUAUGUCCCUGCUAUAUUAUUGGGGGUAUGGUAUAAAAUGGUAGAACCUGACCAUAUGCACAUCUCUUAAUUCUUAACAGGUGUUUAGCAACAAUUAUCUGAACAAAAAGAUAAAGACUUACCUAAACACUACUGUCACAAUUCUUUUAUUCUACAUGAACAUGACAUUUUUACCACAAAUGGUCUCCCUCAGGCCAAAUCAAGUUGUCAGUUUAAUAAAAUAGUUAAAACGUAUGUCAUGACUAACUAUCGUAAAAACGACACUGAAGGCCAACCAAAUAUCUACAAUGAAACACAUUACCUUGCAUUUCAUUAUAUACUGUUAUGUAUCAGUGGUGGAAAGUACAUUACUACGUACAUUUACUUUAAUACUGUACUGCAAGUAUUUAUACUUUGUUAUUUAAUGAUAUUAAUUUAAAUAUAAACUUUCUUGUUCUUUUUGCUGGUUACAUUUUUAUGAAAGUUAUAUAUGCAAAACAUGUCUAAAAGAUGAGCCACUGAUGCACCAUACUGCAGUAAUUUACUGUAUGCAUAAAAAAAAGAAGCCUAUUGGUUCAAACUUAUGAACAAAGUUUGAUGAAGCGUUGUCGUGGGUUAUUUAUGUACCCUUUGCAAAUCACGAAAAGAUACCAUUCUGCCAAACAAAAACAAAUGUUGACCCUUUGGUGCAUGCUUGGAAUUAAACCUGCCUAUAACCCUGA